CUCACUUUACGGCGAAAUUCAAAUUAUAUAAAAGGCUCUCAAAUAGGACAAAAUUAACAACAAUAAAUUAAUAUUGCCAAAAGAAGAACGCUCAAAGCACUAAUAAGAUUUUUCAAGCUUUGAUUUGUGUUCAUUUCCAAGAUGAUGAUGAGAAGAUCAGACCGUAAACCUCCACUUGCUAGAUCUCCUGUUGGCGUUCGUACUCGCCGUGUUCUUCAAUCUACUCCGAACGCCAUUCGUACCCCACCAGGUUCUUUGACAAAAACUCAGGUGCCUAAAAGGGCUAGCAGCAAUGUUGAAGAAUGGGAACUUCGUCCAGAGUAUCGUACCAUUUCUUGUGAACUAAGAGCUUUAGCGAAAAUGGUGAAGAAUGAAUUUGGUAAUGAGGAUGUGAAUGCUAUUGGAAACUCUGAAGCAAUGAAUGAAAAGAGAAGUCCUUUAUUUGAAAGGGGAAGGUUUUACGAAGAGUACUCUGCUAGAAGGAAUGAGAGAUUGAAGAGGAAGAAAGGCGACAUAGGAGAUGAGAAGAAACCAGCUUAUGAUUUGGGAGUUAGAGUUGAAUCUUCGAAGAAAAGAGGAGAGCCUAAGGUGUACCAAAGCGCGAGGAACUCAGUUGCUUCUACUCCAAUGGCUGAGAGGAGAGAAACUCCAAGGUACUUCUUGAGAAGCGCGGCUAGUAAGGAGAACAAGAAGCCUCCAUUGCCCGUGAGCAUGGACAAAUUUGUUGGAUUUUCAGAGAGGAAAACUACAGUCAGAAGAGUUAGGAAAAUUUGAGUUGGGAUGAACCUGUUUUACCUCCUACAGAUGUUUGAUUUUUCCAUAGACCUUUUAUUUAUUGAACAAAAAGUAAUAGUAGUACUUUUCUUGAACUUUUGGAUGGAAAAUGUGAUUAGUGCUGUGCAAAUUGAGAAGCACUUGCAGCUUUGAUGUUUGAAGUAUAUUGAAGAAGUUAUGUAACUGAUAGCUUCAGUUUUAUUUUAUGGGUGGUUGUGAUAUGAGUUUUUCUUUCA